AGAGGUUAACGUAUGCUCAGUGGAUAGGAUUAAAAAUGCAAGCAUUAUGCAGAACAUUUUCUAGUGUACUGUAUGUAGCCAACUGUUUUUUAGGCUGAGUGGUGCGCAUGCCCCAUGUCAUAGUAAAGGAAAAGCAUAAUGAAUCCUCUCUCAUUGACCACAGUGCGCAUGGUCAUUGCUUUUGUAUAAUUUAUGUCCGUCUGAGCAAGAUCAGCUGCACUUCAUGUAUUGCAGAAAUAAGUUUUACGGCGUUGAAGUAGGCUUUUUUCAAAGGAAUCAUCGGAUAAGGAAACAUAAUAUGUCGGUAAACAAAGCUAAGAAAGUAAAAAUGGCUACCAAAUCAUGCCCUGAGUGCGACCAACAGAUUCCAGUUGCUUGCAAGUCUUGUCCCUGUGGCUAUGUAUUCAUUAGUCGAAAGCUUCUAAAUGCCAAACUGAAUGAGAGAUCACCACCAGCAAUAGACAAGUUGGAUGCAAAGAGGAGGAGAACUGAAAGAAUUCGCAGAGAGAAGAUCAACUCUCCGUCAACCAAUGACAUGGAGAACAGAAGGCGAUGCCGCUCCAACAGCCAAUCUGAUCAGAUCCGGAGAGGGCGGGGCAGGCCAAAGACAGUUGGGCUGAAGAAGCAGGAGGAGGAGAAAGAAAAAUUUGAGAAAGAAGUUGAUAUCUAUGCCAACCUCUCAGAUGAGAAAGCAUUUGUGUUUUCGGUGGCAUUGGCCGAGAUCAACCGAAAGAUCCUGGGCCAAAGACUGAUCCUAUAGACAGACCAGAUGGUUGCUUUGAGGGAUUGACAUGUGAAACCUAAGAUUGUUACUGUGGAGAAACCCAUGGAUGACCACCACAGUGUGUCUAACAGGGUAUGAACUCUGACCCAUGAACUCCCUGCCCGAUUGGUCAAAGCCUUGGGAAAAUGGAGAUGUUGGGGAACAUUGAGAAGCAGGCACCUGGUCUGCUCAAGAGGAAAUGUUGGAACCAACUUGUAUCUUUAGAGUAGCUUAUGGAAUUGGAGGGGGUAGGACAUCUGAAUAUUUAUCUUUUAAUCAGAUUUUAUAUUAUAUAUAUAUAUAUAUAUAUAUAUAUAGAUGAUAUGGUAUAAGAUUUAUCACCUUGUCAGCCAAGAAAGCUGUCGGUAGCAAAUGCAAAACAUUUCUAUUAAAAAAGGGCAUAAAUAUGUUGAAGCAUGGAGGGCCAUCCUAGCAUUGUAACUGGCUUCUAUAAUGUUAUUGGCUUGUAGUGCUAGUAAACAUUGUUUAUUUAAGUCUAGAUGCCAUUGGAACAUAAUGUUCAAUAUAUUUUGUAUCAUGCUUAAGACUUUGGGAGAAGGCCUUGCACAUUUAUAUUUAUAAUGCUUGUGUACCAUCUUAAUUUAAAUGCAUAUUGUUUUGUCUUUUGUUUUAUUAUUGGUGACAAUAUAUUAAAUAUGUCAUAUUUGCUUUGGACACCUGUAAUUUAAAUGUCAAAGACAAAUCCUCUUUAAUGUGACUUAUUUUUGUCAUUAAAAGAGAUGAAUCACAACCACCACUGUCAGAUGUUGGGCCUUAAUGAGCAAAUAUAAGUUUUUAUUUAAGA